CAGCAACGGUAGACAAUGUUAUAGAAGAAGUAGUAGUAGUACAAAGGCACAAACCAAGGGAAUUUGGAAAACCCCAGUUAGAAUAAUAAUAAUAAUAAUAUUAUUAUUAUUAUUAUUAACAAUAUAACUCCUGGAUCAUCAUGUCAAACAGAAGUUCAUCAAGAUCAUCUUUCAAACCCACUGAUGAGGAGAUCAAUGAGCUUAUCUUGAAGCUACAAGCUUUGUUGCCUGAUCUGCUUAAUCAACAGCGCAGCACUACAACGGUAGCAGCAUCAACGAUUUUGGAAGAAACUUGCAAUUACAUAAAGAAGCUGCGUAGGGAAGUGGGCAGCCUCAGUGAAAGACUUUCUCAACUGUUGGAUAGUUCAGAUAUUGCCGAUGUUCAUGAGCUUAUUAGAGGAAUUCUUCAACAAUGAACUCAUAGAUCGAGACGAUCACUUUUGACUCUCUCUCUCUCUCUCACAUGCG